UUCAAAAUACUACAUUACCCAGAAGCCCCCGCUGACAUCUGUAAUCACGUGAUAUUGUAUAAAAGCACACGUGAGCUCACCCUCACCAUGUUGCUUUCCUUUUGAAGGUGAACAGCCUGUGAGUGUGCGCCGCCAACCCCAAUACAAUUCAGCCAGAAGAUGCCGACUGUGUCUGCUGCCAGCGCGGAGCCUGCUGCUGUUGAGGGCGCUGAGAAGAAGCCCCUAAAGCCAUGCUGCGCUUGUCCGGAGACUAAGAAAGUCAGGGAUGCUUGCAUCAUUGAAAAGGGAGAGGGAAUGUGCACAGACCUGAUUGAGGCACAUAAGGAGUGUAUGAGGGCGCUUGGCUUCAAGAUUUAAAAAUACUCCCUUUUUGUGUGUGUAUUGCUGUGAAAGUGAAAAACAACCCUGGACAUUCCCUUCAUUCCCUCUUAUUUAUACCUCCACCUGGAAGGGAACUGUUGCGAUGAAGCACUCUUUUAAAGUCUUCAGAAUUUGAAAAUGUGUGAUUUAAACUGUUUGAAACUGAAUAAAAGUCCUAUGCAAUAACUU